AGACUCCAUCCGCCAUGUUGGAUGCCGCAGAUUCGCCAUAACCUCGCCGGCUCUUUUCUUAAAAAAAUAAAAAGAAAGAGCGAAGCGUCAGUGGGGCGCCCCGGCUUCUCGGUCGGCACGGGACGGGGCCCAGAAGAGACCGAAGCUUUUUUUUCCUCCGCGGUGGGGGCGUUGCCAUGGAGACGCGGGCGGCAGAAAACACGGCCAUCUUUAUGUGUAAAUGUUGUAACCUUUUCUCACCAAAUCAGUCGGAACUCCUCUCCCAUGUUUCAGAGAAGCACAUGGAUGAAGGGGUUAAUGUUGAUGAGAUUAUUAUUCCCCUUAGGCCUCUGAGUACACCUGAACCCCCCAACUCACGCAAGACUGGAGAUGAGUUUUUGGUCAUGAAGAGGAAGAGAGGCAGGCCUAAGGGGUCCACGAAGAAGCCCAGCACUGAAGAGGAACUGGCAGAAAACAUCGUGAGUCCAACGGAGGACAGCCCGCUGGCUCUGGAGGAAGGGAACAGCCUGCCUCCAAGCAGCCUGGAGUGCAGCAAGUGCUGUCGAAAGUUCUCCAACACGCGCCAGCUGCGGAAGCACAUCUGCAUUAUCGUGCUGAAUUUGGGUGAGGAGGAAGGAGAAGCAGGUAACGAGUCUGACCUUGAACUAGAAAAGAAGUGUAAGGAAGAUGAUCGAGAAAAGGCCCCGAAAAGACCACGGUCACAGAAAACAGAGAAAGUCCAGAAGAUCUCAGGAAAGGAGGCCGGGCUGCUUUCUGGGGCGAAGAAACCCAUCAUAAGUGUGGUUUUAACUGCACACGAAGCUAUUCCAGGUGCUACCAAGAUUGUGCCAGUGGAGGCUGGGCCUCCUGAAACAGGAGCUACAAGUUCUGAGACCACUUCAGCAGACCUGGUGCCUCGGCGAGGGUACCAGGAAUACGCCAUUCAGCAGACACCUUACGAGCAACCAAUGAAAUCAAGCAGGCUAGGUCCCACUCAGCUCAAAAUCUUCACUUGUGAGUACUGCAACAAAGUCUUCAAGUUCAAGCACUCGCUGCAGGCCCACCUGAGGAUCCACACCAAUGAAAAGCCAUACAAGUGCACCCAGUGCAGCUAUGCCAGUGCCAUCAAGGCCAACCUCAACGUGCACCUGCGAAAGCACACCGGCGAGAAGUUCGCCUGCGACUAUUGCUCGUUCACCUGCCUGAGCAAGGGCCACCUCAAGGUGCACAUUGAGCGGGUGCACAAGAAGAUCAAGCAGCACUGCCGCUUCUGCAAGAAGAAGUACUCCGACGUCAAGAACCUCAUCAAGCACAUCCGAGACGCGCACGACCCUCAGGACAAGAAGGUCAAGGAGGCCUUGGAUGAGCUCUGCCUGAUGACGAGGGAGGGCAAGCGGCAGCUGCUCUAUGACUGCCACAUCUGCGAGCGCAAGUUCAAGAACGAGCUGGACCGCGACCGCCACAUGCUGGUCCAUGGAGACAAGUGGCCUUUUGCCUGUGAGCUCUGUGGCCAUGGGGCCACCAAGUACCAGGCACUAGAGCUGCAUAUCAGGAAGCACCCCUUCGUGUACGUCUGUGCCAUCUGCCGCAAGAAGUUUGUCAGCUCCAUCAGGCUGCGCUCCCACAUCAAAGAGGUGCAUGAGGCUUCCCAGGAGGCCUUGGUCUUCACCAGUUCCAUCAACCAGAGCUUCUGCCUUCUGGAGCCUGGUGGCGACAUCCAGCAAGAAGCCCUGGGGGACCAGCUGCAGCUGGCGGAAGAGGAGUUUGCCCUCCAGGGCAUGAAUGUACUCAAGGAAGAGGCCUGUCCUGGGGACGCGCAGCUGGAGGAGGGCCAGAAGGAGCCGGAGGCGCCUGGGGAAGUACCUGCCCCAGCUGUGCACCUGGCCUCCCCGCAGGCCGAAGGUGCAGCCCUGCCACCCUGCCAGCUGGAAACCACUGUGAUCUCCUCUUCAGACCUGCAUUCUCAAGAGGUAGUUUCAGAUAACUUUUUGUUGAAAAAUGAUAGCUCUUCUGUGGAGGAUCAUGCUGCUCCUGAGAAGCCCUCGGACACACAACAUGCAGACUUAGUCCAGACGCAAGGCGAAGUGAUCACACUACUGCUGUCCAAGGCCCAGAGCCCUGGGUCAGACCAGGAGAGCCAGGGCACCCAGCGCCCCCCAGGGGAAGGGCAGAACCUGACUGUACUUUCAGCUGGUGACCCAGAUCCCAGCAGGUGUCUCAGGUCAAACCCAGCUGAGGCCUCUGACCUCCUCCCUCCGGUAACUGGUGGUGGGGACACCGUCAUGCACCACCCUGACUCUUGCAAAGCUGCCCCUGAACACCGGUCUGGCGUCACUGCCUUCAUGAAGAUCCUGAACAGUUUACAGAAGAAGCAAAUGAACACCAGCUUGUGCGAGCGGAUCCGGAAGGUUUAUGGAGACCUGGAGUGUGAAUACUGUGGCAAACUUUUUUGGUACCAAGUGCAUUUUGAUAUGCAUGUCCGCACCCACACCCGGGAACAUCUGUAUUAUUGCUCCCAGUGUCAUUAUUCUUCCAUCACCAAAAACUGCCUUAAACGCCAUGUAAUUCAGAAACACAGCAACAUCUUGCUGAAGUGUCCCACUGACGGCUGUGACUACUCGACUCCAGAUAAAUAUAAGCUACAGGCACAUCUUAAAGUUCACACAGCACUGGACAAAAGGAGUUAUUCUUGCCCUGUUUGUGAAAAGUCUUUUUCAGAAGAUCGAUUGAUAAAGUCACAUAUCAAGACCAACCAUCCUGAGAUCUCCAUGAGCACGAUUUCUGAGGUUCUUGGGAGGAGGGUUCAGCUGAAAGGGCUAAUUGGAAAGAGAGCCAUGAAGUGCCCGUAUUGUGACUUUUAUUUCAUGAAGAAUGGCUCAGACCUUCAGCGUCAUAUUUGGGCUCAUGAAGGUGUGAAGCCCUUCAAGUGUUCUUUGUGUGAGUAUGCAACUCGAAGCAAGAGUAACCUCAAGGCUCAUAUGAAUCGUCACAGCACUGAGAAAACCCACCUAUGUGACAUGUGUGGCAAGAAAUUCAAAUCAAAAGGAACACUGAAAAGUCACAAGCUCCUUCACACUGCAGAUGGGAAGCAGUUUAAGUGCACGGUGUGUGACUACACAGCGGCCCAGAAGCCCCAGCUGCUGCGGCACAUGGAACAGCAUGUCUCCUUCAAGCCUUUCCGCUGUGCCCAUUGCCAUUACUCCUGCAACAUAUCUGGCUCUCUGAAGCGGCACUACAACAGGAAGCACCCCAACGAGGAGUAUGCCAACGUGGGCACCGGGGAGCUGGCAGCGGAGGUGCUCAUCCAGCAAGGUGGUUUGAAGUGUCCUGUUUGCAGCUUUGUAUAUGGCACCAAAUGGGAGUUCAAUAGGCACUUGAAGAACAAACAUGGCUUGAAGGUGGUGGAAAUUGAUGGAGACCCCAAGUGGGAGGCAGCAACAGAAGCUCCUGAGGAGCCCUCCACCCAGUAUCUCCACAUCACAGAGGCGGAAGAAGACAUUCAGGGGACACAGGCAGCUGUGGCCGCGCUCCAGGACCUGAGAUACACCUCUGAGAGUGGCGACCGACUGGACCCCACGGCCGUGAACAUCCUGCAGCAGAUCAUUGAGCUGGGUGCUGAGACCCACGAUGCCACUGCCCUUGCCUCAGUGGUUGCCAUGGCACCAGGGACAGUGACUGUGGUUAAACAGGUCACCGAGGAGGAGCCCAGCUCCAACCACACGGUCAUGAUCCAGGAGACCGUCCAGCAAGCGUCCGUGGAGCUGGCCGAGCAGCACCACCUGGUGGUGUCCUCCGACGACGUGGAGGGCAUUGAGACGGUGACUGUCUACACGCAGGGCGGGGAGGCCUCGGAGUUCAUCGUCUACGUGCAGGAGGCCAUGCGGCCGGGGGAGGAGCAGGCUGUGGAGCAGCCGGCCCAGGAACUCUAGACGUGUGGCAUCAGACAGCCAAAGUGUGGGGCUGCCAGGCUCUGCAGGCACCCAGGGUGGGGAGGCCGCCCUGCCUGCCCAGCCCACAGAAUGGUUCUCUCCUUUGCCCUCCCUGCCUGGCAGCCUGAUGGGACUCUCCUCAUCCAACUUGGGGUAGGCAAGGCAGUCAGCAUCACCAGCAACACCACAGGACCUUGUCCCCAGCAUAGACACACAACCCCUAACACUCAUCAUCUGCUUCCCAAAAGACAUUAGCACCAGCCCCCACACACAGGUGCACACCUUCAGCCCUUGCUUCAGGAUUCAGAGACUCCCACCCACUCAGCAUCUUCCCUGCAUCACAGUCCCAGCUCCUUGACCCCCAUCUAGGGGCCAGAUGUUCAUCUGCGGCCGCUUUGCAGUCGGGUGAGAGGGAGACAGCCAUGACAUAGAAAGUAACCUUAUGAUUUUUGAAUCACUGCUGGGGGGAUGGGGGUAGGGGAAUUGUCCUGGCUUUGUCUACAAAGUCCCACUUCCCUGAGUAUCGAGGGCUCUUGGUGUCAAGUGAAGUAAAUUCACCCCGUCGCAGGGCCUCAUCCCACCAUCCUGAAAUUGUUGCGCUUUUAAAAUAAAUGCACUAGUUCACUGUUCACCUCCCAUUCUAAGGAGGUGAGGUGGAUGGAUAAAAACAUUUCCCGUCUGA